UCACUAAACAUCUCACUGUAAGUUAAUCAUAUAAAACGUAAGAAUCUGAAAAGGACGACCAGUUUAAAGUUUGUUUUCAUUCAUGGUCUCAGCAACAAUAUGAUUCGAUUAUUUGUUGUUGUUAUGUUCAUAUCUGUUGCACUUAGUGAAUAUGGGGAGGUCGAGACGGAGGUGAUGGGAUGGAUGGACAAGGCCACAUUCAGUUGUGGACCAGGUGGAGUUAUCGAGAUAUCGGACGCAUAUUAUGGUGGUACCUACAAGACUGAUUGUAUAUCCAAAACUGUCCAAUCUUCUGUUGAAUACCUAUGUAACGGCCUUCCAACAUGCAGCUUCUCAGUGGAACCAAAAUUUAUCGGAGGAGACCCUUGUUUAAACGCAGGAAAAGACUUCAGAGUGAAAUAUAAAUGUAAAGCCACUUCCGGUGAUUUGGUUGAAACCCUUCCGGUUUGCGAAAAUGAGUCGGUACACAUCAGCUGCGGACCCAAGGCUAUAAUUCAAAUAGCUGCGGUGUUUUUCGGAAGGCUCAGUGCCGACAUUUGUCCCGCACCUUUGCCCAAUGGGGAAAAGGACUUCACCAACUUGUGCGUCUCCGGUGAGGCUGCCAACAUUGUCAGGAAUAGGUGUGAUGGGAAGAGUGCCUGUUCCAUAAAGGCAGCCCCCAAUAUUUUGAAGGAUCCUUGUCCAGGGACGAAGAAGUAUUUGCAGGUUAAAUAUUCCUGCAAUUGCGAUUGAAACUGACUGAAGUGUCGUGACAAACUUGAUCCCAAUUUAAUAAUAUUUUUACUUUACUUUUUCUUGUAUAAUUCUACUAAAUUAUUUUGUUAUUAUAAAAUUUAUUAAAACCAGAAAAGCUCAUAUUUAUAGUUAUAAAAUUAAAAAAGAAACUGAAAUAAAUGAGUUCAGAAAUUA